AUGUGUUAUUGCUUUGCUCUCAAGCUCCAUAGUGGUGUAGCUACAAAAUUGUGCAUAGGGUUCUUCCGUCGCAGUGUUCUUCCGUCGCAGUGUUCUUCCGUCGCAGUGUUCUUCCGUCGCAGUGUUCUUCCGUCGCAGGGUUCUUCCGUCGCAGUGUUCUUCCGUCGCAGUGUUCUUCCGUCGCAGUGUUCUUCCGUCGCAGUGUUCUUCCGUCGCAGUGUUCUUCCGUCGCAGUGUUCUUCCGUCGCAGUGUUCUUCCGUCACAGUGUUCUUCCGUCACAGUGUUCUUCCGUCACAGUGUUCUUCCGUCACAGUGUUCUUCCGUCAGUGUUCUUCCGUCACAGUGUUCUUCCGUCAGUGUUCUUCCGUCAGUGUUCUUCCGUCAGUGUUCUUCCGUCAGUGUUCUUCCGUCGCAGUGUUCUUCCGUCGCAGUGUUCUUCCAUCACAGUGUUCUUCCGUCAGUGUUCUUCCGUCACAGUGUUCUUCUGUCACAGUGUUCUUCCGUCACAGUGUUCUUCCGUCGCAGUGUUCUUCCGUCACAGUGUUCUUCCGUCACAGUGUUCUUCCGUCACAGUGUUCUUCCGUCACAGUGUUCUUCCGUCAGUGUUCUUCCGUCACAGUGUUCUUCCGUCAGUGUUCUUCCGUCAGUGUUCUUCCGUCAGUGUUCUUCCGUCAGUGUUCUUCCGUCGCAGUGUUCUUCCGUCGCAGUGUUCUUCCAUCACAGUGUUCUUCCGUCAGUGUUCUUCCGUCACAGUGUUCUUCUGUCACAGUGUUCUUCCGUCACAGUGUUAUUCCGUCGCAGUGUUCUUCCAUCACAGUGUUCUUCCGUCAGUGUUCUUCCGUCACAGUGUUCUUCUGUCACAGUGUUAUUCCGUCGCAGUGUUAUUCCGUCGCAGUGUUCUUCUGUCGCAGUGUUCUUCCGUCACAGUGUUCUUCUGUCACAGUGUUCUUCCGUCGCAGUGUUAUUCCGUCGCAGUGUUCUUCCGUCACAGUGUUCUUCUGUCACAGUGUUCUUCCGUCACAGUGUUAUUCCGUCGCAGUGUUCUUCCGUCACAGUGUUCUUUCGCUGUUGAAUCACACACAUGUAAAUCAGUCGCCUUUUGA